AUGAUUGAAAUCAAUAACCAGCCAACCAUAAAUCAAAAGUACAGGUAUUGUCGUGACCAGCUAUUGAAAAUAGGAUUAACGGUUUCGAGUAAUUGGCAACUUCACAAAUUAGACCAUUGUGUACACGGUGUUAUACAUAAGCUGAACAUCUCUCAACCCAAAACACACAAAAGGAGCAAACUCGGUGGUAAAGCUAAAAUCCUGACUAAGCCUUCUUGUGCAAACCUACACAAUUUGAAAUAUCCAUUAAUACAAAUCACGCGUGUUCAAAUUGGUGAAAAAGUGUCAUGUUUUACACUUAACUGUAGAUCUGUUGUUAACAAGGAUAAUUUUGUUGGCCAGUAUUUGAGGGAACAAAGAAUUGACUUUGCUUUGUUGACUGAAACAUGGUAUUCUGACGAAAAACAACAUCAGUAUGAAACGUCUGAUCUCAAUCAACACGGUUACAAAAUCAGUGUUGCAAACCGCAAGAACAAAAUUGGUGGCGGUGUUGCUUUGACUUGUAAAACCGAAAUUAAAAUGAGAAAGAUGGAACAUUGGAACAAACAAAGUUUUGAGUUUGGCAUAUGGAAACUCAUUUUCAAAAGUAUAACAGUACACGUAGUUGGUUUAUACAGACCCCCAUCCCUAGCCACAUGUGAGCAAUUUGUAACUGACUUUUCAAAUUUCAUAGAAGAUAUCUUACCUACAUACUCUAACUUGUUGAUUAUGGGAGACUUCAACCUUCACCUUGACAAUGGUAGUGGUGCAUCUACAAUCUUUCAAAAUUGCCUUCAUGCUAUGGGUUUAGAGCAACAUGUCAACUUUAGUACCCACACUGCUGGAAACUGUUUAGACUUGGUUAUCACUGAAUCGAUUAAUGGUGUAUGUGUACUUAAAUGUAAACAAGGACCUUUUCUCUCCGAUCACUGUGCUGUCCACGUAGUCAUUAAUGUGAAGAAAGAAAACAUUACCAGUAAAACUGUACAAUUUAGAAACUGGAAAAGCAUAUCCCAUUCUGAAUUCUCUGAUGAUUUAACGAAUAUCUUAGUUGAUAGUGAAGAUGUCAACACUUUUGUAAACUUGUUUGAAUCAGAAAUCCAAUCUGUUAUCGACAAACAUGCUCCAACAAAGGAACAAACUAGGAUAUGCAGAACUCAAAAACCUUGGUUCAAUGAGUCAAUAUUGGAAUCUAAGCGUAUUGUCCGGAAAAAAGAGAGAAUUUGGAGAAAGUACAAAGAGCCAGAACAGUUCAAGAAAUUUAAAGAAGCACGGAAUAGAUACUGUAAAGAAAUUGAUUCUGAGAAAAAACUAGUUAUAAGUGAGAAAAUUCUAAAUGCCAAAGGUGAUUCAAAAAAACUCUAUGGUUUAAUUUCGGAAUUAACUGGUACUAAAGCUGAAAAUCCUAUGCCACAGUCUACAAAUGACGGUGAGCUAGCUGAGAAGUUUGCAGACUUUUUUAUGGACAAAAUAGCUAAAAUUCGUAAAUCACUUCAGGAUUUCCCAAGCUUCAUUCAAAUGUCAAACAAAUUCAACCUUUAG